AUGAAGUCUACGAUAUCGGCUGUUCAUACAGCGAUGGUGGCGAUGAUGGCUAUCAUUGCCCUGCUGGGGUAUGCAGAUGCCGUGGGCGUCGACAGACGCCAGCAUUAUAGGGGCUGGAGAGCGACUACCGACGUAAUCAAGCGGUCAGCCCUGCCUGACCGAGCUAUGGAGGCCACUGCCAUAGCCAAUUCUUUAACAAAGAGAGCGCGUUUCGACCCCAAUGGUCCGCCAGUUAGGUCUCCCACCCAAAUAGUUAAUUUAGUCGACCCGCAACAAAUCUUCACGUUGGGUUGGUUGUUUCGUGCUGGGGAAGGCACCGACCCCAAUGACCCCAACGGGUACCCUCUGUUGCGAUUUGACAUUGACCAGCAGGAUGAUGGUGUCGUCACUGCAGAGGAUCUGGAGGCUGUCGUGGACGACAUGGACGCCAGUAGGGACACCGGAUUCAGAGCAGUAGCAGGUGAUGACACGUGGCAAGCCUACGCCAACAAUGAUAUAAACAUUGUCGUCCGAUUCAACCUGCGCGGUGACACCCCCGAACUCAACCUGUCGAAUUUCGUCCUUCAGCAAUUUGUCUUUGCUGCACGGAUGCAUCGAGCAUUCAGAGGCAGGCCUGACGGCGUCGAAGUCAGAGGUUCGACCGUUAUUACCACUGCGCACGUCGUAAUUCGGAUUACGAGGGGGCCGUUCGUUGACCGUGAGGUGACCCAGCAAGACGAGUUCAACGGUGGCAACGCAACCGACUGGGCAUAUGCAAGCCCUUGGCACUCCUGGACCAUGGGCGGGGACCAAGACUGUGCACCACGCCGACGGUCGUUGACUUCCGGCCCCCCUGAAGCUCCGAUUGUGGAUAUCCACCACCAAGCGGUUGUUAACAACAAGAGGGGUACAGACAAGCGAUGCAGGAAGUCUGGCGACGCCAACCAGCGCCAGAGCCACGGGGCGGCCUCGCAAAUUCCUCGACGUGCAAACGAGACCGUUUGGAUCGAUCCGUCAACUGGUUGGCAAGCUGUUCAAGUUUCUCUUGCUGCCAAAAGGUUUGGAUACAACAUUUCCAACAGCUUCGACUAUGUGGCAGUCGACCCCAGCGACACCAUCUCGGGAUGGGCGCAGCACAUUCACGAUGGCGGCUGCGCAACAGAUGAUGACAAGGAGGCCGCCGCCGCCGGCCUCAUUUUUGGAUGCAAGAAACCCUCCAAGAAAGAGUGCGCCUAUGCACGCGCAGUACUUGCUGGAGAGCACAACAGCGGGUCGCCCGACACUCCUCAUUCCAAGCGUGCUCCUUCGUGUGAAGAGGCGAUGAUAAUAAAGCAGAAUAAUGCGGUUUCCAAGGCGACCGCGGAGGCAGGGUAUCUGUGGGUCAAGAACAACAUGUUCAGCCGCCUUCCCAACGACUGGAAUUCGGUAAAGCUUUCUUCCGGCAUAUACUUGUCGUGGUCGGCAAACGCUGGCUGUAAGAAAGACCCUUGCCCCCGGUUCGAGGGAGGUGCCCCUCCAGCAUACGCCGAGACGUUUACCUACUUUAAGACAUUCAUUGACACCGCUAACUGGGGCUGGUGGUUGUGGCCCACGUGGAACAGUGUUCGCUUCCACCACGCAUUUUUCGGCGAAAUCGAUCAAGGUGUCUGUAUCAGUGACAGGGCGGGCGGCUGCCACAAUAACGAUGAUUAA